GCAACCAGCCGCCACUGUUAAAUUUUGGACGGCGCAGGUCUCUGCGGCCAUAUUGGCAUGACAAGUCAUGAUAAUUUCAUAUAAAAUAAACAAAAUUUAUCGAUGGAAGACUCAUUUUUUGGAUUUGAUACCUCUGUGCCGUUGGACGACGAUGGAGGAGGGCAAAUUGCUGAACCAUCAGAAGAAGAAUAUGAUGCUUUAAAUGACGAGACCUUCGGAUCAGCAAUUAACGGGGACUGGGAGGAAGUUCAUGAAAAUUUAGUACGUUUGACGGGAGAUGAUGAUGGAGAUGGCGAUACUUUGGACAGCGGCGCCCAUGCAAUUUCUAGUGGUGCUUAUGGCUCGCUGUCGGGAAUGAAAAAUAGCCGAUCUCAACGCUUGGCGGACUCAGACCUUGAAUUAAAUUUGUCAGGUAUGAAAUUAGACGAUGUUGAUCUAAACUAUGGAGACAAUGAAAGUAUGAGUGGCCUGUUGGGUGAUACUGUCAAAAUGGAUCCAAGUGUUUGGUCUUUAGGAGUAAAAGAUAGAACGCUCGGAGGGACACCAAGUAAUGCUCCGAUUGGAAAUAGUAUGUCUUCCAAUCCAGAGGAAUUUUUACGUGAGCAUUUUCCCACUCCGUUUCAACAUCACCAACAACAACAAAAUCAGGUUCAAAGCAAUCAGCAACAACUUCAAAUGAAACAGCAACAACUGCAAUCACAAAAUCAGUCUUUUGGUUUGCCUCAUUAUCCCAAUAUGCCCUCUCUUCAGUCACAGCAGCAACAACAACAACAGCAGCCGAAAAUUUGCACUUUGGAAGAUAUCGAACGUAAUAUGAUAAUGCAACAAUCCAUAUCUAAGCAACCACAUCAACAAAAUCAACAGCAGCAACAAGAGGCUGAUAUGAUUGCAAAACAACAAAAAAUUUUGCAUGACAUUUUAAGACAUUCAUCUGAAACACCAACCCCUUUGCAACAACAAUCCCAACACCUACAGCAAGGGCAUCACCAGCAACAGCAAAUGUUGUCUCAACAAUAUUCGCUACUUCGCUUGGCGCAAAAAGGUCAACAGGGCCCACGUUCAUUUGUUAAUCCUAACCAGCAAUCACCACCAAGACCAUCUAACAAUUUUGCAAAUAAUUUGGCUCAACAUCCUUUAGGAAAUUUACUACAACAAGAUCAACCGCAGGCACAGCCUUUGCAUCCUCAGCCUCAGUUAGGAGCUCCUGGAAAUCGAUUGCCUCCUGGAUUCUAUUUUCAACAAUCUGGACAUCCUCAAUUGCCACCACAUCCUCUACUAAACCAGCAUGGUGGAAUGCCAAACAAUUUUCCCAAUCAACGUCCACUGCCAAAUGCACAUCUACCGGUUGCACUCAAUAACUUUGCAAUGCAUCCAAACUUUAAUGCUAUGCGUGCACGUGGCAUUCAUCCGGCGGCAAUAUUGGCCCAACAACACCAGCAGCAACAGCAGUCUGCUGCUAACCGUAUACCUGGUCAUCUACCGAAUCCGAUGAUGCUUCUUAAUCAAAAUCCAAACACAUCGAACUCAUCAUUUAACAUGUUUAAUAUGCGUCUUGUUCAAGAAAUCCAACAAAAUCACCCAUUACUCCAAAACGCCGCACGACAAGCUCAACAACACCAGCAACAAAAUGCACUUGUCCAAAAUCAUGGUAACAUCAACAAUAAUCAUAAUCAGCGUACAGGUGGACCAAAUGCUGCUCUUGCGGGAACUGGCAUCGUUGGAAAUCAGAAGCAAAAUCAUAAUUUGAGACGUGACGGAGUUUCGGCUAAUGGAAAUUUGCCGCACGAAGAAUUCGACGAGUAUGCUAAUUUAAUGAGCACUCGGGAGAAGCAUUGGUUGAUUGGAAUUCAAUUGUCACAGCUUAACACUGAUACACCAUACAUUGAUGACUACUAUUAUACUGUCUACAAGGAACGUAAGGUGGCCUUGAGUGGAAAUCUUCGUCACAGCCAAGCUCAUAAGGACAACCAGCUUAAUCAUCCACUAACCCAACCUAAGGGCCAUGCUCAACUUAUUCUUGUGCAACUGGGCAAUAAGAAUGGCCAAAGAAAUGGCCAGCACCGUGAACGUCGAAAUUCAGAAAAUCACAACCAAAAUCAAGAGGUGAAGUUGCCAACGUACGUUUUCACUCCUCUCAAAUUUGAAAAUUCGCUAGGAAAGUUGCAGUAUGGCAGUGUAACGGCACCACGUAAAAUCAUUGAUGCAGAAAUCAUGAGUAAUGAAACCAAUUCGGCCACAGCUGGUCCAAAUAAUAUCAUCGCCAAGGAUGGUACUUCUGUUCAAUCAGGAACCCUUGCUGCAAUUGGAACAACUCAGUCCUUAAGUAGUGUUAUUGGUGUUAAAUCGGAAACUCCGGCUAUGGUUCAGAUGUCAAAUACUGUCGGAGAUAUGACUACAGCCAAUAGUCAACGGAAGUCUCGUUAUAUUCUAUUGCACAUUGAGACAUUGUAUCGAAUUCUUCUAAAGUUGGAAGAUCUUAACAGUCCCAAUGUUAUUGCGACCAUACUGAUGAAGAAGAAAAAAGAAAGCGAACGCAUUGCGGCACUAGAACAAAUGGAAAAUGCCAAUAAAACACCUGAGGAACGGGCUUCUGACUCAUCAAAUAAUCCAUCUAUGAAGAGCAAAUUUAAUUACGAAAUCGAAACGAAAGAAGCUCUUAUUGACAAACUAGUUGCAGGUCUGCAACAUGACAAAGUCGUUGCGAUGAUGAACGUACGCAAAGGAAAAGUUUUGAUUCGACGUAUCAUGUCGAACAUUGAAAACCAUGACGUUCGUUGGAAUGUGUGGAUUGGGGUUUUCAGCUCAUUGCAAAAUGUUAUAAAAAAAGAUCGAGACGAUACAGAGGGUGUACUAUACUCCUUGUAUCCUGAAUUCAAUAAGCAAAUCAAAUCUGCUAACUUUGAGAUUAUUGUUAAAAUUUCUUCAGCCAUUACAAUCAAUGAUAAAAAAUUUAAUGGAGUAUUUUGUAGCAAGUUUGGCAUAUCAUCUUUGGUUUGCUUAAUACUACAAGCUGAAAAUAUUUAUGUAGCAAAUGACGACGCAACACUAACUGAGAACAAUAAAGAUAGUUGGCGUCAGUUUUUGGAUCAAGUUGCAUUAUCUUUAAAUCGAACAAUACAAAAUCAAACAAUUUGUGCCGCCAUCGAAUCUGAUUCUAUACAGCCUAUAAUGAAUCAUUUUGCGCGUUUUAAAGAUUUAAAAUUGGACUCGUUAUUGGCGUUAAUUACUGAAGCCAAACAACAAAUCAAUUAAAAAACUGAUUGACAAAUCUUACAAGCAAUUCAUAGCACAUCGUUUAUGAUAAAAUAAUAAUGAACAGCAGGCAAGUAGUAAUUAAACGUUAUAUAUAUACUCAAUACCCGAAAAAAUAUUGAGGGCAAAAUGUAGACUUACAUUGAAACAUGAACAAAAAGAUUCCACGCACUUUUAUUAAGGAUGGCGUUUGGUUAAUUUAUUUACUAUCUUCUAAUUCUUAUUCUAACCACAUACACACCUUAAUAUUCAGUAUAUACAAAAACCUUUAGAUUGAUUUGAAAAAGUGAAAAGUAUAAAAAAGUAAUGAAAAUAUGUAUUCACUUGCAUAUUAUUUCCAUACGUACUUUCGAGAAAUUUUGUAUGAAACAAUUAGUUAACAAAACCUUCAAGCAGAAAACCUUUCAAAAAAAAAAAAAUAAUUUAUAGCAUUUUUUUAAUGUGUAUAACAAUUAAAACAAAAUUCAUAAAUGCAUAGAUGGAAUAAUGUUUAGCUUCUUUAAAAAUAAUUUAGUUGUGUUAUUUUUCUUUUUAUACUAUUUUAUAUUUAUCUUCUUUUUAAAUAAUUAUUAUGUGGUGCUAAUUUGCAAAUGGCAUCAACAAAACAGUUUAAUUUGUAUAAUUUUCAUUUUUUCUUUCUUUCUAUAAAACGUAGCUAUUUUAAUGAAGAAACAGAUAUAGAACACACAAACAAACGAUUUUAUACAUACACAUAUUUUUAAAUAAUUUUUCCUUUUCAUUUUUAUUUAAACUAAUAUAAUAUUUAUGCAUUAUUAUUAUUAUUUCUUUUUCAUUUUAUUUUUAUUUUUUUAUUGGUGUUUUGUAAAUAUUUGUAAAAGCAAAACCUUAGUAUUUAGGAUCUAAAUUUUAUUUAAAAUAAAAAAAUAAAAAAAAACAUAAAAA